AUGCUGGUAACGACUUCGUGCGGAAAAUUUCAGCUCGAGCUCUACGACCAAGACAACCAGGCUGCCGUGUUGGAAUUUGAAUCUCUCGUCGAUCUCAACCAAAUUUCUGAGAAACCCAUCUCCAAGUCCGAUAAGUAUCUGGGUGUUUCUGUUUCCAAGUCCUCGCCUCCUGCUGUUGACAGUCUGAAAAUCACUGGAGCUGGAAUUGUAGCCUUCCUCGACAAGCAACUGAUUAUUUCCGUUGCCCCCAUCCCCGAACUCACGAACGCGUCCAUUUUCGGCCGAGUUUCGCAAGGCCUAGCUGUUGUUGAAGCUCUUAUAGACUCCUCCGACCCGGUCAUCUACUCCAUCGAAGCCGAUUCCGAGGGUACUUACUAG